AUGGCGGACAUCUCCAUCCGCAAAUGGAUCCGCUGGGAGUCUCACUCCCCCACACCACCAACGUCCACCAUCGUGCUCACCUCCCCCCAACGUCGUUUUGUCGAUAUCAGAGUCCUCCUCCCGCUUCCUACCCCUCCAGACUCUGAAUUGCCGCUAGAGCAGCUAGAGUGGGCUAUCGCAGGCACGUCGACUUCUUCCCCGGUUUUGAACCCCAAGACGAAAGAAGUGGAGUAUUCGCAUUGUGUUUGGAGUCACUGGAUUGAUUCACGGGUCAAUAACAGGGAUGCUGGGGCUGACGAGGGAGAUAAUUACCCUGUGGAGGGACACCCCGAGUUGACGCUGGAAAGGGGGAGGAUGGUGAACCCCGCUAGUGGGAGGGUGGAGGGGUACGAGGAGAUGUGGGUGGCUGGGGAAGUGAGGGCG